AUGCUCUGGCCGCUCUUUGCCAUAUUUCGUAGUCGAGUGCUGGCACUUCACCGAAACCGACGCCGAGUUUACAGUUCGGUGCCAUGGAAAUGCUUCCUCAUCCAAUCAACCGCUGAAAACUUCGAUAACUCGCUUUCAGUCAAGGAGAAAUAUCUAAACUAUCUCGAACGUAUUCAAGACGACGAGAUAGAGGAUCCCGAGGCUUGGAAAGAUUUCAAUGAGUGGGUGCUGGAGCCUUUCGAGCCAAUAUUCCGUGGCGUUCCACUUCUUCCGGCAAAUGAGAAAUACACGCUUCAGCAAUAUCUCUUCCCAGAGAUAAUAUUUUAUACAUUGCGGUCUGUUGACGGAAAGCUUGUGCCUGUUCCUCAGAGUGAGGAAAAGCAAUCUGACCGACUUCCCUUUGGUGUUAAACUACCACAAGAGCUUUGCUCACCAUGGUCGUCAAUCCACCCAAAACACAUUCGAUACGGCAACGGAAUUGACCACAUGCACUCUUGCGAUCCAAGAAGGGCCUUUAUCGACGGCGAUAUACCUCGCCGCUAUUUUUUCAGAUUCCACCAUCUAGCACCCCACAGGACCGUAGAGUACGAGCUCACCAAAUACGCAAGCAUACGAGACGCCGGGCUGGACCACUUACGCAUCCCCCAACUCUACGGCAUCGUGCAAGAUGACGCCGGCCUCGUCUACGGGCUAUUGUUCUCACACAUUGACAGUGUCAGCGUGAACUUAAGAUAUGAUAUGGCAGUCGAGGAAGCACCAACGGAUCUCCGAGAGCGGUGGAUAAGCCAGAUUACAGACACACUUCAAGAUUUACACGACGCUGGUAUCACAUGGGGGAAUGCAAAGCCCGAUAAUGUUAUGAUCGAUGUGAAUAACGAUGCUUGGCUAAUUGAGUUCGGAGGCGGACAUGAAGGGUGGGUGGAGGAGGAAAUGGAGGAAACAUUGGCUGGAACAGUGAAAGGAGACUUACAGGGACUAGCGAAGAUUGUAGCAUACAUUCAAUCUUCUGCUGUCGAAAAGGCGUCGCCAGAAACCACGACACACAACGAGAUUCAGUAAUCUUCUUGCCCUGCUGAAUGUCAUGAAAAGGACGCUAUGUUCAUCCAGCAAAAACUGCAAUGCCAAGGUCCAACUCGGCCUCUUUACUACUGAGGCACCCAAUUGUAUACUAGUUCUCUCAUACUAUCUUAGUCGAAGGAGACUUCGAACUGCU